CCGCAGUCUCCCCCUUCCAUUCAACCUCUCCCGACUCGACAUAGCCGACAAAGAGAGUCGAGUACUAUCCACGCCUCGACUUCCUCCUUCCCGUCCACCUCUACCAUCAUGUCUGCGCGCUUCGGCCUCCGUGCUGUGCAAAACAGCUUCCGCCAGCCCGUUCUCCGCCAACAGAUCAACACCAUCUCGCAACGACGAGCGCAAUCCACCGCCACCAAUGCCGCCGAAGCAACCAAAGCCGAAGCGACCGGCUUCAGCAAAUUCUUCAACUCCCCCGUCGGUCCCAAGACAGUACACUUCUGGGCUCCCAUCAUGAAGUGGGGUCUCGUUCUCGCCGGCGCCGCAGAUUUCGCUCGUCCCGCCAAAGAUCUCUCUCUCUCCCAAAACUCGGCUCUCAUGGCCACAGGACUCAUCUGGACGCGCUGGUGCUUUGUGAUUCGACCGCAGAAUAUGUUUCUGGCGAGUGUGAAUUUCUUGCUGUUUUGCGUGGGAGCUACGCAGACGACUCGCGUGUUGUUAUACCAGAGGAGCUUGGAAGGAAACACGGCUACUACGUUGGGAGAGGAGAUUAAGAAGGAUGCCAAGGAGGGUUUGGGCGAUUUGGAAAAGGCGGCGAAGAAGGUGGAGGGAAAGAUUGUUAGUGGGAAGUAAGUUGCAAGGGGGAGGGAACGAGUUGGUAGGUCAUUUGGGGAGGAAGGGAUUGCCUUUGGGAAAAAGGGAAUCUGUGGGGCGCGGAGGAGAUCGAUAGGGUGGCCUGGAUGUAUACUGCGGUGUGUACAGUCGGUGGUAUGAGACUCAAGCUGCAGUUGAGCUAUGACAGUAUCUCCUAUGUUUUUUUGCUGGGAGAGGAGUCAAUGCUGGCCUAUGUAAUUCUUCGACCCAUAAGGUAGAUGAGGAUAUUGGUUCGUCA